AUGUUUCAGUCUAAGGACCUGGAGACUGUCUAUGGUGUUUACUACUCUAGUCUGAUGGCCAGUGCUGGCUUCAUGGUGUGCAUCGCCCUGGAAAGGUAUUUGGUCGUCGCCUGCCCACUGUGGUACCGCUCCAGACGAACCAUCAAGAUCUCCGUGGGGGUCUGUGUCCUGGUCUGGAUCCUUCCUCCAGUCUGUGUCAUCACUAUGGUUUUCUGUAUUUCUUCAGCUUCUUCAGAGUUCACAGCCAUCAUCUUAGUCAUAUUUUUCCUCCUUCCCCUCCCACUGCUCAUAUUCUUCCUGGUUGGGAACGGGACCCUCACAGCCCUGUCUGCUUCCAUCUCAGUUCCCGCUGAUGAAAAACGUCGAAUUGUGGCAAUGUUGGUCCUGGUGCUGCUUAUUUACACACUGCUGUUCCUGCCCGGACCCAUAAUGGUUCUGAAAGAUGGAUUCAGACUUACCUUCCUCAGGGGACUGUUUAUUAUGUUGCUUAGGUUGAGUCCUCUUGCAGACUUAGUUCUGUGUGUCUUCAUGAGGAAAGGGGCCAUAGACAAGCUUUUGGCCUCUGUGUGUUGUUGCUGAAUGGACAGCAAUGAUGUCAGCAGUUCAGCAUUAUGA